CAGGAUAGAGAGUGUUUUUGUUUCAAGAUGGCGGACGGAGUGGAUGAUGAUGUGACUUUACCGAGAGCUGCUGUUAAUAAAAUGAUCAAGGAGUUGAUACCAAAUAUGAGAGUCUCCAAUGAUGCCAGAGAGCUGAUUCUUGACUGUUGUACAGAAUUUAUACAUCUUGUGUCUUCUGAGGCAAAUGAUGUUUGUGGUCGUCAAACCAAGAAAACAAUAUCUCCUGAUCAUGUUCUUCUUGCACUUGAGGCACUUGGAUUUCAAAGUUACAUUGAGGAAGUCAAAUCCGUUUUAGCAGAUUGCAAAACACAAGCAGCAAAUAAGAGGAGAGCUAGCACAAAGCUGGAACAUCUAGGAAUACCUGAAGAAGAACUACUGAGACAACAACAGGAACUUUUCCAGCAGGCUAGAAUGCAGCAGGCCCAGGCUGAACAAGAAGAACUAAUGCAGCUUCAACAAGCACAAGCUUUAGCAUUACAUCAACAACAGCAGCAGCAACAACAACAAAAUCUGACUGCAUCACAACAAAACAAAAGUGUCAGCAACCCCCCACCAACUGGACAACCACUGUAAAUAAAUUGAGAUAUGAAGAAGAAAGAGAACAAGAAGAAAGAGAAACUAUAUGUAUAUAAAUUCAGUUUUCAUCUCCAGUACCAAUACAUCCGCUUAGUGUUUUAAUAUAUGUUCAACGUUAUGCAUUAAUUUCCAUAGUGCAAGAAUGCGAAUUUAGAUUUAAGGUCGUUUGAACGAAGUAUGUCUCUAUAGCUGGGGCAUAAUGUUUUACCAUUUCAGACCACGUGCCAUUCUCUUGAGAAUAAGAUUCCUUGCUUGAGUUGUAUCCAUAUGUAUGUGUUUUUUCAUGCUCAACCUUUAUGCAAAGGAAUUAGACUCUAGGGAAUGACAUGUGGUCUGAAAUGGGAAAACAUUACACCCAAGCUAAAAUAAAGAGGUCUGUUAUAAAGUU